AUGUCGUCGCCCGGCCCAAUAGCGCCUCCCGAGGUGCCGUCGCCCGACGCCAUCACUCUGGAAGAGUUUACAGCCCUGCUCGAUGAGUACCCCUCCGUCAUUGACAAAAUGUCCAAAGCAAAAGGAACCAAAUCGGGCCAGAAAUCUCUGCAGCAGCUCGACGAGUACCGCUACGGGCAGGCCAUUGCCGACUUUGGCAGCAGCGCGGCCAAGGAGAUGACGCUCGACGACCUGCGUCUCCUGGUCGAGUGGAAGCUGCGGCACGGCAAGUUCCGCCCGAUGCUCCUCGGCCUCGCCGCGUCCAACAAUGCGACGGUCGCGCGCCGGACCAUUGCCGCCGCGAUGCAGACCUACCGCGCGUCGACGUCCUCGGACGCCAGCGUCGCCGCCGCGCUCGCCGCGCUCGCCAAGCUCCGCGGCAUCGGCCCCGCCACCGCCUCGCUGCUGCUGAGCGUGCACGACCCCGCGCGCGUCGUCUUCUUCUCGGACGAGGCCUUUUACUGGCUCUGCGCCGACGGCAGCCCCGCCGCCGCCCGGCGCAAACUCAAGUACACGAGCGCAGAGUACGGCAUGCUGCGCCGCAACGCCGCCAGCUUGAUGGGCAGGCUGCGCGUCGGCGCCACCGACGUGGAAAAGGUCGCGUACGUGCUGAUGAGGCGCGAGGGGGCCGACGGUGCUGCCGAGGAGGCCGAGAAGGACGCCAAGGCCACGGCCAGGACCGCCCACAAGGCGGCCAAGGCGGCCAAGGUUGAAGAGGCGAGGACUACAAAAGCGGCAAAGAAGGAGAAGCGUGCCAAGAGUAAAACCGCUGCAAAAGUCAGCGGCAAGGAACAGACCCAAGGCGCCAAAACUGUCCGACAGCCGCCUGCCCAAAGAAAACGCACAGCUGCUCAAGAAGACGAGCCAACAUCAGGCACGAGGCGGUCAAAACGGGUCAAAAGAUAA